AUGACCAUGACUCAAAUAAAGGGUUUGGACGACCUUGACUUCAUAUUGGAAACGUGCAAUCCAGAGACAGGAGAGUUCCUGCAUACAUCCUUCGCAGUUUUCAAUGACGAAAGCCUCUACUAUGACCGGUUAAACAUUCCACAAGCCAACGUCACUUUCGAUCAGAUAUCUAACGCCCUUACUCAUGUUCCCGACGACAAAUUCUUUCCGAAAUGGAAGGCCGCAGAGGUGGAACUCACAGAAGCUCCAGCAACUCUGACUUCGGAUAUCUACCUCAAGCGACCCCAUCUGGAACUUUAUGGAAUCAUGAAAGACCACGGCGUCACUAAUGUGGAACAGCAACUAUCGCAGCAAUUUUUAGCUGAGGCUGAGGUGAUGAACACACUUUCCAAAAAUCCGCAUCCGAACAUCGUCUGCGAUUACGGCUGCCGAGUUGCGAGAGGACAUAUCACCGGACUUGUCAUGGAUAGACAUCCUCACGACCUCUACCGUUAUCUCAAGGAAGGGGUGGGGAAGAUUGAUAAAGAACCAUUCAUGGCGGCACUCGGAUCGGCUAUCCAGCACCUUCACGCGCUUGGUUGGGCACAUAACGAUCUGACUCCUUACAAUAUCUUGGUAAACGGGGACGGCAUGCCUGUGUUGAUCGAUUUCGGAGGGUGCCAGCUUGUUGGCACGCAUUUGAAAUACACUCGAGGAACGACAGACUGGAUCGACGGUGAAGCUGGGGACUAUCUUACCUCAGAUGCGGAACAUGAUGUUGCUGCUCUUAUCAAACUCGGGGCAUGGUUGGACAAGCCGGUCUUUACGGUUUAG